AUGUCUUUCAGAUUAUUCACCCACCAACCCGCAACCCUUCUCCGUCUGGGUCUAGGCGUCGGCAUCGGUCUCUCUGCCGCAACCAUGCACCCCCUGUCACCCUUCCGCGCCGCCCCAAUGCAAUGCCAGUACGCCGUGCCCGAGCAAUCCUUCAACAAAGGUUCAGAUUGGGCAGUUAACCCUGCCGAGUCUGCGGGGCAGAAGCAGGCCCGUCCGCGGCGGACUGGGCUGUUGAACGCGGAGACUAUGCGCCAGGUUAGUUUGGGGAGUGUGCUGGGGCUUGUUGCUGGUGUUGGGUUGAGAGCAUUUUCGAAGGCUUUGGUUGUUAUUUUGGGCAUGGGAGUUGUUUUUGUUGAGUUCGCUGCAUCCAAAGGGUACAAUAUUCUUCCAAUCAGCCGGAUUCAGAAAUAUGUUAAGCGCGUUGAUCUGCGCCGCGCUAUGAGCGAGAAACGGCCGUUCAAGAUAAGUUUCGGUGCUAUGAUGGCGAUGGCGGCAUUUGCGAAUUUCUAG